GUCCUCUGCUACGCUUAACAGCUCCCAUUUUUUUUUUUUGUUACACACUUUAAGAGAUCAAGUACAAUUUGUACACAUUAUAUUUGUAUUUCUAAUAAUUUACACAUCGGAUUGGUGGGAGAUCACUUGGCAGAGCAUCCAGGCUGAUGAAACCGCCGAGAAACAGUUUCUCUGUGGUGAAAGUGGGAUGGGGAUCAUUUAAAUUGUGGACGCGGAGUGUGAUUCCUUUGAUGUCCAGUUGCUCCCUUCUCAACUUUUCAAGAAGUAAACGAUCCUGUCGCGUUGCUCCAAGCUCAGCGGAAUUAAAUUCGGGAGGCGAUGUUCGCGUACACCUACGGCUUGUGGCUUCCUCUGCUGCUCCUUUUUGCAGGAGCAUGCGCGCGCCCAAAAGAAGCACAGGACGAGCAGUCCUCCCCGCAUCUCCCGCUUGAGGAAAGUGAACAAGGGACAUCCACACCCGCUAAUGUGACCAUGGCCGAAAUAACCACGACGGCAUCGAGUCCGGUCGAAGCAGUGGCGAAAACUACGUCCAAUUCAAGAGCCGUGACAGAAACCAAUCAGAUGCCAGCCGUCGCAACAACAGCCGACUCGACGCCUUCCUCCACCUCGACUACAACGGCCGCCCCCCCUUCGCCGGCUGCACCUGAACAGCCGGAUUACCUGAAGAACUGCUUCCAUGCCGAGGAGCAGGUAUGUGGCCACGGCUUCGAUGGACGGCCCGAGGCGCUCGAGGGCCAGCCCGCCAGCCCAAAAACGAUGCAGUCGGACUCGCAAUCCCAGAAUGGUGGGACGCAGGGUAACCAUUGUCAGUGCAGGGAGCACCCAGCCAGGCCCAACUCGUGGUACUGCUGCAACAUAUCUCAAAUAACGAUGAUCUCGACCUGCAGCAACAUAUCCAAGUGGACCAACCUGCACGUGCGCAACAUGACUGUUAAGGACAUGGACCUGUCUAAUCCCAUUUUUCGGUCGCUGCAGUCUCUCGCCGUGACGGAUGGAAACAUCACGCGCCUAGUGAACGCCUUUCCGCGACUCUCGGCCCUCAAGUGCCUGAACAUAUCGAACAACAACAUCUCGGAGAUCCAUUCGCGGGCGGUCAAGGACGUGCCGCAUUUGGAGUUCUUUGGCAUGUCGCACAACAAUUUGUCACUGGUGCCGCACCGGAAUCAGAACAAGAACAUUACGUUGGACAUCAGUGGCAACAUGCGUAUGUUGUGUACCCCACUUAACGAAAUCAUUUACAACGAGUCCAUCAACUUUCUAAACCCCGAGCACUCCUACUGCCAGUACAACGCCACCCGUACAUGGUUCCAGUCCACAGACAAGGUAUCUGUGGAGCAACUGGAGAACAGAAAGCGGUGUCUGACCAAUUGCCCGGUGAUCCCGAACUACGGCAACUGCAAGUGCACCCUGGAGAACAUAAUGAUCAUACAGGACAACCAGUCAAAGCCCCAGUGCCAUGUCGACUGCUCCAACCUUGGUCUGGUGGAACUGCCGCAAAGGCUGCCAGACAACACCUUCAUGCUUAACAUCACGAAUAACAAAAUAACCAGGUUGGGCGACUACUUCCAGACGAAUCCAACCUACCACAACAUCAACCGUCUCGUUGCCGACAACAACCAAAUAUCCUCCAUUUACGAGUUCGAGGGCACCAAGUUUAUCGAAACCUUCCAACGCAUCUACAUGCGGAACAAUUCGCUUAGCAAGAUUCCUGAGUAUUUUCUAAACAAUGCCUUAAUGGACUCUGGUCUGGGACGUCGCAUCUAUCUGGCGGGCAACAAGCUCCAAUGCGACUGCAAUUCGGCCAAGACGCUGCAAAACUGGCUAAAGGAGCGCAGCUCGGACAUUCCCGACUACAUGGACAUACGCUGUCGCAACAUACCUCUGAGUGUUAUUGAGCUGCAAGAGACUAAACUGUGCCAAUCGCCUCCCGACUGGACCGACUACAUCUACUAUUUAAUAGCUGCCGAGAUCAUACUGCUGCUAGCCCUAAUUGCCAAGGUGUCCUACGACUAUUGGGUUUUCAAGACGGCCGGCUAUCUCCCAUGGCCAGCUAGCAAAAUGCCCAAGUUGCCCUGUGACUGGCUGUGCGAAUCAUAGAGUAGAGAAUCGACGAGACGAGGACAUAUUGAGAAAAAGGGCAAAGUGGUCAGUUAGUUUUAUAUUGGCCACUUGGACAACUUCGACCGUGACACAAACACAAACAUAUGACAGGACGUAUUUCGAUACGUGUACUACAUCUAUAUCCGACUGCAGAACUUUGUGCCUUUUACAUGUAAAUGUGAACGAUUGUUGUCGUUUUUAGUCUACUAGCUUUAAGAACUGUUUGCAUAUACUUGUACUUGUCGUAAUGUAGUUGCUGCAUCUGAAAAUAUAAACAGAGUAACGCUGUUCAGAGCAAACAAAGCA